AAAUUGAAACGACACAAUAGAACAACAAGAACAAGAGAAAGGUUAAGAGAGGGGAUAGAACACAGACAGAAGUUCUUAAUCGAAUCGAAGGGACGCGACGGCAAGUAACGAAACGUCUUCUAUAUAGUUUCUCUCUGUGAAAAGUUUCAUGGUUUUGGAUUGAGAGAGAGAGAGAGAGAGAAUGUCGAAGUCAUUGGUUCAGCCGAUAGGGCAGAAGAGAUUGACGAACGUGGCGGUGGUUCGUCUGAAGAAGCAUGGAAUGCGAUUCGAGAUCGCCUGCUACAAGAACAAGGUCCUCUCAUGGCGUUCUGGCGUAGAGAAGGAUUUGGAUGAAGUUUUGCAGUCUCAGACUGUUUAUUCGAAUGUCUCAAAAGGAGUUCUUGCCAAGUCGAAAGAUUUGAUCGCGGCCUUUGGGACUGACAAUCAGACGGAGAUAUGCUUAGAGAUUUUGAAAAAGGGAGAGCUUCAAGUUGCAGGGAAGGAAAGGGAGUCUCAGCUAUCAAGUCAAUUCCGGGAUAUCGCAACUAUAGUCAUGCAGAAGACCAUAAACCCCGAAACUCAACGCCCUUAUACCAUUAGCAUGAUUGAACGGCUUAUGCAUGAAAUUCAUUUUGCAGUUGAUCCUCAUAGCAGCUCGAAGAAACAGGCCCUGGAAGUUAUUCAUGAACUUCAGAAACACUUCCCCAUUAAACGAUCCCCAAUGAGAAUACGGCUCACGGUACUAGAGAAAAACUUUUCUUCUAUUAUGGAUAAGCUCAAUGCCUGCAAUGCCAGCAUUGUUUCAAAAGAUGAGUCUGGGAAUCAGCUGUCUGUGGUUUGUGAACUGGAACCUAGUUUAUUCCGAGACUGUGAUGGCUAUGUGCGGACUCUGCAGGGAAGAUUGGACAUACUCGCUGUUUCAGUGCAUGUUGAAGGGGAUACCCACGUUGAUAACUAUGAUGAUCAUGAGGACAUUCCAUCAAGCCAUGCAAAGGAGCAAAUUGAUUCUGUGGCACAACCGAGCGAGAAAUUAGAGAAACAAAAAAUUUCCACUGGAAAUGGGAAUGCCGAAGGGGAGGUCAAGCAGAACAAGUGUAACACAUGCAAUGCAUUAGUGGGGGAUGCGAAGCAGUACAGGGAACACUUCAAAAGUGACUGGCACAAGCAUAACAUGAGGCGCAAGGCCAGACAACUUCCUCCCCUAUCUGCAGAAGAAUGCAUUGCUGACAUGGAACUGGUUGACCUGAAGGCGGAUUUGAAGGACUAUUCAUUUUGAGUGACUGAUUUUGGUUCAGUGAAAUGUAUACUUGAAAUACAAAGUAAGCAAGCCUACUAUUGCACCAAAUAAAUUUGUUUUUUUUUUUUUCUGACAUUAUUGUAUUUAAAAUAGGAGCCGAGUUUGUUUCUAAAUGCACUCAAAUAUAAAACUGAACCAUGUUCGCGUUCUUUUUGACCAAAUUUGUUUUUACACAUAAGUGGACAAAUGCUAGGUCCAAAUCCCAA